AUGCCGCUGAUAGGCUUCAGCAGUCGCGGUAAAGGGCGCUCCUUGCUGCUUCUUGGAUUCCUUGUGCUGGCGUCGGUGUUCCUGUUCGCCCAGCUCCACCAAUUGCAGCCAGUCAUUCAAAAUACACCAGUUAUUGAGUAUACGGGACCGCCAACGACCGUCUCCGCUGCGGAGGAAGAACACGUUCCAGUUCUUCCUGCACCAUACACCACUGUUCCCGAUAAAGUGCCUUUCUGUGCAGAGCGGUUUGAAACUAAGUAUCUCGAAAAACUUCGUGAUUCCGCAACGCAGUAUUGCAAUGAGUCACAGGCUUUGACCUGCUUUCACUCUCAGGUCGUGAAUCGAUGGGACUCGUUCUGUUUUGGCAAAAAAGCCAAGUUUCUACCAGAAGAUGGCAAGUUUCAGUUGGAUUGCAACCUGACGUGUACAAGGAAGACAGAAUCAAAUUCGAAACCUCUCGAGCUCAAUGUCUUCCAUAAAUACUGGUAUGACACUGUGCCGAGCCGAGUCCUCGAUGGCUUGGUUAAAAUGAAACAUGAAGCCGAGUUCUGGCCACAAAAGUCUCAGAAUUAUACCAUUUUAGUCAAACGAAAAAGUGCGACCAAUUUGUGGCACAGCUUGUUGGAGAUUUAUUCUAUGCUGCUGAGUUUGGAUGUUCUUCACAUGACAUUGCAGCCAAACAUGCCUUCCACGCCCUUCAUCUCCAAGAGCGAUGCCGAAAACACACAAGUAGUCAUUCUCGAUGAUCAUGAGGAUGGUCCAUACUAUGAGUUGUGGUCACUCUUCGCCAAGAAACAAGUCGUUCGGAUGAAAAACGUCUCACCCAAUACAAGAUUUGAGAACAUCAUAGUUCCGCUUGGCGGGGAAAGCAAUCCUCUCUGGCAGGGUGAUUGGGAGAUCAACACAUGCAAAUCAUCCGCACUUUUGAAUACGUUUGUCAAUCGAGUAUUGGCGUUUUAUAGUCUCCAGAAAACGAAACAUCGGCAGAGUGAUAAGCUCACCUUGACUUUUAUAGACGGGGUUGGUGGUCAGAGGCUUGUCGAUCAGGAAAAGUACCUGAAGGAGCUGCAAAAUUACUUUCCUCUUGUCAACAUCCAAUUGAUUGAUUUUGCGGCAAUUUCCUUUAGGGAGCAAUUGAAAAUAAUUCAACAGACAGAUGUUCUUGCAGGGGUUCAUGGAGCAGGCCUAGCUCACGGGACUUUCUUGCCACCUGGAUCGGUAAUGGUGGAAAUCCUACCGAACACUCCCAAUCACAAGGGCUUUCGCAACAUGGCGUCUUUAAUGGGACAUUCAUACUUCAGUACCGGUGUCUCGAAAAUGUCGAAAAAGCCUAACUGGCAUAGUGAAGAUAAUUCAAUUGAAAUUGAAACGUUCUUGGCCGUCAUGAAGCUGGCAAUCAAGACAAUGUACAACAAGAAUCUGCGAAACUACGACGCUAGCUAA